CAGAGAUGCCCUUUGAAGAGUUUAUUAAGCAAUAUUCUUCAGCUCGGAGCUUCUUUCUGAAUACUUGAACACAGUGGCGCUGAUGAGGUUUAACCAAUCAGCGCUUAGGUUCCGCGAUCGCCAGCUCAUCUGAUCUGUUGAAUGACAGGUCAUCCGUACAGAACGAGUAACUCACUGUAAACUCAGCAUGGCUACUGAAGAGGCCCAAAACACACUCAUAGGGGCUCUGAAAGAACUGAUCGGAUUUGGUAGAACAUCGUUGGAAAAUGUAGAAAAGGACAUCGCCAAAGGUGGUUCUUUGCAAGAAAUUGUCGAUAAGAAAAUUCGUCCUUUAUUCGGUCUGAUGUCAGCAGGUGCCAAGUUCUUUAACAGUCUGGGUGUGAAAAACCAAAAGGAAGCAGAAAGUUUAUGGGAACAGUUUUUUCAAAACAUUGAGGUUCGAGACAAUGUUGAGGGCUUACUGCAACUGGAAGUGGAGUGGGAUAGUUUUUUGAGACGUCUGGAUGUUCAGAUGCAAAUGAGCGACACAGUUCUUUCCCAGUGCCCUGCAGUCCAGACGCUCCGCUCAGAUACACGGUUUAUACACGUUCAGACUAAAGAGAAUGUGUCUCUGGGUCAGUACUUGGGGAAGGGAGAGAAUCUCCUCCUUGUGUUGCUCCGGCAUUUUGGAUGACAGCCAUGACGAGACCACCUGACUGAGCUGAAGGACAGCAAGAAGCUUCUGGAAGCUCAGUCAUUGCGGGUGCUGGUGGUCUCGUAUGGUUCUCUUGAAGGGGCAACGUUCUGGCUUGAUCAGACAGACUAUGAAUUUGACAUGCUGUUGGAUGCAGAGAGAGUGGUGUAUCAAGCGAUCGGUCUGGGUUCAUCCAUCAGUAAGGUGAUGAAGUUUAAGUUAAUGCUCCACUACUCUGAAAUUCUGGUGAUGAACCGACAGUUACCCGAUGUGCCACCUCAGUUCAUCGAUGAUCUUUUUCAGAUGGGUGGCGAUUUUGUGCUGGAUCAGGGUGGUAAAGCA